AUGGGGAACUUGAUCAGAUACCAAGGGUGGGGGUAUCUGAGUGAUCGGGUAUCAAGGGUGGGGGGAUUCUCGGUUGACCACUAUGCCAUCAUCAAGUUCCCCCUCACCACUGAGUCAGCCGUGAAGAAAACAGAAGACAGCAACACACUAGUGUUCACUGUGGAGGUCAAGGCCAACAAGCACCAGAUUAAACAGGCUGUGAAGAAGCUCUAUGACAUUGACGUGGCCAAGGUCAACACCCUGGUCAGGCCUGACGGAGAGAAGAAGGAAUAUGUUCGACUGGCUCCUGACUAUGACGCUUUGGAUGUUGCCAACAAAAUUGGGAUCAUCUAA